AUGGUAAGAAUACAGAAUCCACAUAGUACUGCUAAGUUGAAGGUGGAUAGGCCCUUGCCUGAUCAACGACCAGUGUUUAAAAGGAUGUUCAUAAGCUAUGCUGCACAACUGAGGGGAUUUUUAGCAGGUUGUCGACCAAUAAUUGGGUUAGAUGCCUGUUUUUUGAAAGGGCCAUUUGGUGGUCAAUUGAUGCAUGCAACUGCCAAAGAUGCCAACAAUCAGAUGUUUCCUUUGGCAUUUGCUGUUGUGGAGGCUGAAACAAAAGAAAGUUGGACUUGGUUCUUGGAGAAUCUGAUGGACAUGAUAUGCAAUCCAGAGGAAAGGGGUUGGUGCUUCAUAUCUGACAGGCAGAAGGGAUUGACACAAACAUUUGCACAGUUGUACCCAACUGUGGAACAUAGAUACUGCAUUAGGCACAUGUACUCUAAUUUUAGUAAAGUGUACAAGGGUAAGGAGUGGAAAGACCUCAUGUGGAGGGCUGCAUCGGUGUACACAAUUUCUAAAUUUGACCAAGCUAUGGAGGCCAUUAAAUCAAUUGAUGAGGAAGCAUAUGAGUAUUUGAUGAGUGAACAACCCUCAACAUGGGCUAGGUGCAUGUAUGGAACAAGGUCUAAAUGCAAUCGAAUGGACAAUAACACAAGUGAAGCAUUCAAUAGAGCAAUCAAAGAUGCAAGGGACCAACCAAUACUGACCAUGGCUGAAAGUAUUAGAAGGUACCUAAUGACAAGGUUGCAAACAAGAAAUCAAUUGUACCAAGGCUGGAAGGGUAAUGUAUGUCCAAGAAUUAGAAGAAGGGUUGAGAAAGCAUGCAAGUUAAUGGGGGAAUGUGAGGUGAUUUACAGUGGUGGCAGAAUAUUCGAAGUACUUACUGUACUUAGGACCCAUGUUGUGGACAUAGGAGAGAGAACAUGCACAUGUAGGAAGUGGGAUGUCAGUGGGAUACCAUGUUCACAUGGUAUGGCUGCAAUAAUAGAAGAUAAAAGUGACCCAUUGGACUAUGUUGAUGAGUGCUUCCAUAUAAGUACAUUUGCCAAGAUAUACAACUUCAUCAUCAAACCAAUUCCUGACCAAACAAUGUGGGUUCAUACAGAAUUUGAUCCUAUAGGUCCUCCCCCUUUAAGAAAGAAGAGUGGUAGACCCAAGAAGAAUAGAAGGAAAGGGCUUGAUGAACCAAAGAAACCCAAUGGAGGUGUUAGGAAGUAUUACACAACUCUCAAGUGUAGCAUAUGCAAGCAGCCGGGACAUAAUGCCAGAACAUGCCUUCAAAAGGCUAACAGCACUACAGUUGACCAAGAAUGUCAAGUGGCAAUGGAAACAGCAAUGGUUGGAGGACAUGAAAUUGAAGUGGCAGAGGAAACAAGAGCCAAUAGUGGGAGAGGUAGUGGUAGAGGAAGGAGAGGAAGAGGAAGGAAGACUGGUAAAGGAGGAAGAGGAGGUAAGAGUGCUAGAGGAGAGAAGACUGGUACAGGAAGUGGUGCAAUGGUGGUUGGAGGCACAGGAAGAGGUGGUGAUCCUUCAUCAAAGUAUGGCACUAUUGCCCCAAGGGGAAGAGGAAGAGGAAGAGGUGGAACCACUGCUCCACUUCCUGGAAUUGUGAUUAGAGAAACAAAUCCUAACACUAGGGUGGAUAUUGGUACAAACAAAGGUGUAAACUGUGAGAAGGGUAAACAGCCCAUAGUUUGUAGAGGUAAAGCACCAAUAACAAGGAUUGGAGGUGCUCCAAGGGUGGGUUUGCCAACACCACAGGGAUGGAGAAGAUCCACAAGGAUGGGGAAUGCCAUAUUUUGGACUCAACCACAAACUUCAUCUGCAGCAUCAUGUGGCAGUGGUGGUGGAAGUGGUAGUACCGCAAUGCCAAGCACUCAACCAUCAAGUUCAACCCCAACAGCCCUGUCCUGCUGCUGUUCCGCUGGUAGUGAUGGACUGGACUGCUCUAUUAUGGACUGGCUGUCUGUUCUACCUCUGUUCUGCUCUGUUAUACCAGGAAUGGACUGCUGUUCUGUUGAUUGUAGGUACUGA